AGUGCGCAUGCGUAGUGGAAAGCAGAGCGGCUGACAGCGACUUAUUUCUUCGAGGAGGUAUUUCUCCUAACAUCGGCGGCAGGACGGCAACAUGGGGAGCGUGGAGCUCUCUCUCAGGCAUUUAAAGAAUCCUGAUUUUGGCAGGAUUUCGGACUCCCGGAAUGAGGCAGUGGUUUCUCUUGGAGCUCCACAUGUGGACUCUUUCAACUUUUUCCUGGGUAAAGGUCUUCAGGAGACGGUUAUGGAUGUUCCUCCACUAGAAUUUUCUCUCAAAAAUGGAUCGAGAGUGAUGCUCAGACUGACUAGUGCUACUAUAGGCAAGCCAAGGCUUCCACCAGGUGCAGGGCAGAUCAAAGACUACAAUUUGUAUCCAAAGGAAUGUGUUGAGCGGAAGAGUUCAUACACAGCACCAGUCAGUGUGGACCUAGAGUGGUGUGUUGAUUCUGCUGGACCUUUCACCCAUAGGCAGUCAUUUGGCGAGAUUCCUAUUCUGGUCAUGUCCAAGAACUGCCACCUGUAUGGACUAAGUCCCAAGGAGCUGGUGGAGCACGGAGAGCUGGUCAAUGAAACAGGCGGCUACUUCAUCAUUAAUGGUGCCUGCAGGGUGCUCAGACUGUUAAUGUGCAAUAGACGCAACUUCCCUGUAGCCCUAACAAGAGAAUCAUGGAAACGGAGAGACACAGGAUUCACUGACAAAGGGGUGAUGAUACGCUGUGUGCAAGAUGAUCAGGUGUCGACCAUCAACGUCCUCCAUUACCUCAGUACUGGUGAAGCCAAGUUGGAGUUUGUGCUGCGUCGGGAGCUGUUCUUUGUGCCACUCAUCAUGUGCCUGAAAGCUCUUUUAGACUACACCGACCGCCAGAUCUAUCAGCACCUGAUCCGAGGACGAGAAAAUGAUGCCUACUUUUUAGAGCAGAUCAAGGCUAUGCUGGGCAAACUACAAGAUGAGGGCAUCUACACCACCCAGAUGUGCAAGGAAUACAUUGGCAGAUCCUUUCGUCACAGACUUGUUCAGACCCUACCAGAAUGGUACACAGAUGCUGAUGUCUGCAACUACCUUUUGAAACACCACAUACUCAUCCACCUCAAGACAUACAGAGAAAAAUUUGAUACCCUCUGUCUAAUUGCUCGGAAACUAUAUGCUUAUGUCGGAGGGGAGUGCAAGAUGGAAUCAGUAGAUGCUGUAAGCAUGCAGGAAGUUACACUGGGAGGCCACACUUGCUUACAGUACCUGAAAGAAAAGAUGACAGACUUACUGGUAGCUGUUAAGUGGUUCCUGCAAAUCAAAGAUAAGAAGGAGGCUGGCCCAUGGAAUAUUCAUGAAGGUGACAUCAAAAGAGCAGCAAGCAGAGCCAAAGGCACAGGCAGCGCUUUCCAAAGUUUCAUUGCCUCGGGGGCCCUCAGCUCUAGAACUGGAUGUGGUCUUAUGCAGACUACAGGCUUGACUGUUGUAAUGGACCACCUCAACCGAAUGCGUGAUCUGUCCCACUUGCGAGCCAUCCACAGAGGAGCAUUCUUCAUUGAAAUGAAGACUAUAGAGCCAAGGAGACUAACAGGAGAAGCUUGGGGGUUUAUCUGUCCUGUCCACACCCCUGAUGGAGCACCAUGUGGUCUUCUCAAUCACCUAGCAAAGAACUGUAUUGUACUGAAUGAAAUGCCAGAAAACCCACAAGGAAUUUUCCAGGCCCUUAUCAGGCUUGGCAUGACCCCCACCCAAAACAUUGCACCUGUGCCAUACAGCCAGUGCUUAGAGGUAGUGCUGGAUGGAGGACUGGUUGGCUACAUCAGGAAAAAUGAGGCAGAAAAGUUUGCAAACAAGCUACGGAUUCUGAAGACUCAAGGAGAGAUCUUCAAGUACACUGAGAUUGUGCAUAUUCCUGGACGGAAGUAUGGAGGACAAUACCCAGGCCUUUUCUUGGCAACAGGGGUUAGCAGAAUGCUUCGACCUGUGAUAAACCUGGAUACUCACACUAUAGAGUAUGUGGGCACCCUGGAGCAGCUGUACCUCAAUGUUGCUGUUACCCCAGAGGAUAUAGAGGAGGGGGUCCACACCCAUCUUGAGAUUGAUAAGACAACAAUAUUCAGCAACAUUGGCAAGCUGGUGCCAUUUUCAGACUGUAACCCAAUCCCACGAAACAUGUACCAGUGCCAGAUGGGCAAGCAGACAAUGGGAACACCUUUUCACAACUUUGCAGCACAGACAACCAACAAGGCCUACAGGCUUCAGUAUCCUCAGGUACCAUUGGUCCGGAAUGCCCACUAUGAUGACAUUAAUAUGGAGGAGUUUUGCAUGGGCUUUAAUGCAGUGGUGGCUAUCAUCUCCUACACGGGCUAUGAUAUGGAGGAUGCAAUGAUCCUCAACAAGUGUUCCAUGGAGCGAGGUCUGGCACAUGGAGAGAUAUACAAGACAGAGAUUGUUGAUCUUGCUGUGAUGCAGGGUGGAAACAAGAUGAAGUACAGUUUAGGCGAGACCAACUUUGUCUUCAGAAGAAACCCACUUGAUGCCACUCAAAAAAACUUUCUGGACAGCAGUGGCCUCCCUUACCCUGGGGCACAACUUCAGGAAGGGGAUCCAUAUUACUGCAUGUAUGAUCUGAACCAGCGCACCUACCGCACCACAACUUACAAGGGAGAGGACUGUGUGGUGGACAAAUGUGGCAUCAUGGCAGCCAACCUCAACCUUGGAGAGUGUCAGCGGGCCAGUAUCACCAUCAGAGUAAAGAGGAACCCCAUUAUUGGUGACAAGUUUGCUAGCCGAAGUGGGCAGAAGGGCAUCAUGAGUCGCCUCUACCCUACUGAAGAUUUGCCCUUUUCUGAGAGGGGCAUCAUGCCGGACAUCAUCUUCAAUCCACAUGGCAUUCCUUCUCGCAUGACAGCAGGCAAGUUGAUAGAGUUGGUGGCAGGAAAGUCUGCAGCAGAGUUUGGCUUGUCAUUCAACUCAACACCAUUCAAGUUUUCGGAUGAGAAUCCUGCUGUUGAUUACUUUGGGAAAAUUCUUGAGAAAGCUGGCUUUAACUAUUAUGGAGAAGAUGUGUUAUACAGUGGAACGGAUGGCCGAAUGUUGGAGGUGGAAAUUUUUGAGGGCGUUAUCUAUUACCAACGCCUCAGGCACAUGACUGCAGAUAAGUGGCAGGUACGAGCCACUGGGGCAAUGGACCUCACCUUACGUCAGCCAGUGAAAGGACGUAAAAGAGGAGGAGCUAUCCGGGUUGGUGAAAUGGAGAGGGACUGCCUUAUUUCCCAUGGUGCUGCUUAUAAUCUCAAGGACAGACUAAUGGACUGCUCUGACAUAUCUCAGGAGUGGGUGUGUGAAAACUGUGGGGGUUUGUUAGAGCCAUCAUUGCUGCCUGACGGUGGCAGCAAAUUGUAUGCAGGCCAACAGCCGGAGUGUCUGGCGUGUGGACCUUCGGCUACUGUGCGUCAAGUGAGCCUUCCCUACGCAUUGCGGUACCUGGUGGCUGAACUCACAUGUGUAGGCAUCAAGACGCAGUUGGGUCUGCGCUCCGCUGGGGAAGUCAUUAAUGGCAGGCGAGUGCAGCUCACAGCUCAUGAGUCUCAUGCAGAACAACCUGCCUAACACAUGACACUCGAUCAGCUCGUCAGGACUUACAAAGGAGAGCUGUCAAGUGCCUAUAUAGUGUAGAAGUAUUUCAUCCAUCAGGAGAGUAUCCAACGCUUGUUGUGCUGCGUUAAGAUGAACUAGUAAGUGUUUAUUUAGCGUCGGCUAACGAUCUUAAUUUGUUAUGUCAAGGUAUGCCUUAAUUUAAUAGGCUUGAUAAAUAAAACAUAAGAAAGCUAA